AUGAGACCAUUAUUCGACGAUCGUUUGGAGGCCUGGUCUAUGUAUGCUGCAAAAGAAGAAAAAGUUUAUACACUUAUUCCAUCCGAUUUGUAUUACUUCUGUCGUAAAGAGGCUGAAUCAUUGCAUGAGAUUGAUGCACUGGAUCUGAUGUAUCACUUUCCUUUUUGGUCAACAUUUGAAAAUUUGCUGGAAGUACUGUCGUAUAUCUUCGGUUUGGUCUUUGAGUCGAUAGUGAAGCUGAACUGGAUCGUUGAUCAUGUUGUGGAUGACUACACUAAGCAGUGUUUGCGAAACACUGAAAAAUUAAGAUUGCAUUUGGGUCGCCUUUACGUUGAUGCGUUCGAGCGGCCAAAUAAAUGUUGCAGUUGGGAUGCAUUGCUGGGGCGAAGAUUGCAUUUGGGUCGCCUUUACGUUGAUGCGUUCGAGCGACCGAAUAAGUGUUGCAGUUGGGAUGCGUUGCUGGGGCGAAAUGGCAGUGCUCAGAAUAAUUGGGAUAAAAUUGUUUUUUUGCUUGGUAAUCUCACUACCCCAGCAAACUCACCUCCACUUCUUCAUUACGAGGAAUUACAGAAUCUUCUUUUCUAUAUGGGUCGUGCCUUGCAACUUUUACUUUCACAAUCGCCGUAUAGAGACUUAGUCGUUCCCUGGGGAUUCUACCAUAUCCAUGAUGUUGAUGCGCAGGAUUUGCUGCCUACUGUUGUACAGUUCUUCGCAUUCAAACCCACUCUGCUUUCUGCACUUUCCUCGAAACAUCUGAAAACUGGUGAGGUGCUAUCGGAAUCACGAGCAAACGAUAUUGCUUUGGGAUUGUCGCGCUGUGCAUUUUACGAAUCUUAUCGUGCGCUGUUCUGGGCAGAUUUCGACCUCACUCUUUUUGACAUGAGGGAUAUCGACCAGGGCACGUGGCAAGAAGUAUAUGACGCCAAGGUGAAGGAAUAUUUCCCAUUCAAAAAAUCCUCCAACGAUAUGCAGCCGUGCUCGUUUGCAGCAAUUUUCGGUCGAAGCAUGUCGAUGAGUAUGUAUUACAGUCGCCUCUGGGCGGAGCUUCAAACAGACAGGAAAGUGGUUGUUGAUUGGACUGAUGUUAUCUUUUGUAGAGUUAUUGAGGAGUUCCCAGUUUCCUCAUCGAACGAUCUUCGGACUGCGACAGUCUCUGCGCUUGUCAUUCUGUGGUUGUUGGUACGGCGCAUCCAUCGCUUGACCACAAUAAAUUACUUACAUCAAAAUAUUGUGCAGCAUCGAGCGCACUUUCAGUUAUACUUGACGGAUCAGUCACUACGGUAG